CUAGUGUUAGGUUACAGGAAGUUCACCGAGGUUCUUUCGAUUGUACCACACGCUUACAGCGCCAUUUUGGAAAUCAACUUGGCUCUAGUAAAAGUCGUUACAAACCCAACAAAUACUAAGAAACCCUCAAUUUUUCAUCAUGCAGAGAGACGAACCCGGAAAAAUCUUCAUUGGGGGCUUGAGCUGGAACACUGAUGCAGAGGCCUUGAAGUCAUACUUCUGCGCUUUUGGAGAAGUGGUCGAUUGUGUUGUUAUGAAGAACCCACAGACUGGCAAGUCUCGUGGGUUUGGUUUUGUCACAUUCAAGGACCCAAGUGUUCUUGAUGUGGUACUACCAGAAAAACACAAAAUCGAUAACAGAAUGGUUGAUGCUAAACCAUGUAAUGCCAAGCAGGGAGGAGGAGGUGGAGGCGGAGGAGGACGUGGAGGACCAGGAGGACCAUAUGGCCGUGGAGGUGGCGGCGGAGGUCGUGGAGGUUAUGGUGGACAUGGGCAUGGUGGAGGCGAUAGUCGCGGUGGUAUGCAAGGAAAAACAAACAAGAUCUUUCUUGGUGGUAUUCCAAAUGAAGCUAAUGAAGACAGCCUUAGAAACUACUUCAGUCAGUUUGGAGGUGUGACAGAUGUGACGAUAAUGUAUGAUCAAGAAAAAGGCCGUUCUCGAGGCUUUGGGUUUUUGACAUUCGAGAGAGAAGACAGCGUUGAAUUGGUGUGUGGAGAUCAAUUUCAUAUUGUGGACGGGAAGAAGAUUGAAUGUAAACGUGCAGAACCUCGUCAGGGUCGUGAUGGUGGUGGUGGAGGAGGAGGAAGGGGGCGUGGACGUGGUCCACCUGGACUUAUGAUGGGGGGAGGUCCACAUGGACAGGGCCCUCCUCAGUUUGCACCUCCCCAGGGACCUGAUAGCUGGGGACAGGGAGGAAACAACUUUCCACCCCAAGGAGGUCCUCCAGGGGGCCCACCUGGCUACGGAUCUAAUGGGCAAGGUUAUGGGGGUGGCUAUCAAGGCUAUCAACAACAAGGUGGUGGAUAUCAAGGACAGCAAGUGGCAUGGCCUAUGACUGACCAAGCUGCUCCAGUGCCCGCUGUAGCACAAAGUUACCAAGGUUACGGUGGUGCCUAUAGCAACGGUCAAGCACAAGCUGCCCCUGUAGUAGAUCCAUAUGCUCAACAGACUCAACAGUCACCAGCCAUGGGACAGUAUGCUCAAGAUGCUAGCAAUUAUGGCCCCAGUCGAACGUAUGGACAGACAGCAACAGCAGGUGCCCCUGCUGGUGGAGCAUACAGUCAACUGGCUUCAUAUGCUCAGCCCACAGGUCAAGCCGCAGUGUACAGUGACCCAAGUGGCUAUGGAGCUGCUGGAGCAGCUGCCUCACAGCAAGUGGCAUAUGGAAGCCCACCAGAUCCUCAGCAGGCAAGCUAUGCUGGCUAUGGUGCUCAAAGGCAGUCUGCAGGCAGUCAGCAAGCAUAUCACCCAUAUCGACGAUAAACAUCAGGCUGCCUUAUUAAUCAUAAUGUGUGGGAGAGAGUGAGGACUGACAACAAGCAAUUUUAGUAUUUCUCACUUCAGGAGCAUUUCAUCCAUCAUAGCAUCCAUGAUGUUUUAAUUAAUUGUACUAUCUUGGAGUUGUCAAAAUUGAGUUGUAAAUUAUUUGUGAAUUUAAUAUACCCUAAGAACUUGAAUCAUGUUUAUAGUUGAGGUAUGUUCCAGCGUAAGAAAAGAUUUACUGAGAAAGACUGUGCCAAAUCAUUCAUUUCAUCUCAGUUUGCUGUCCGUACUGAAAAGAAUUUUCAAUGAGGACUUGUUUCAUUUUUGGCAUUUGUAAGUUUGUCUGAUGUGCAGGAUUAUUAUUAUGUACCAUCUUCUUGAGUAAAAUGUGUUGCUAUUGUUUGAUGUGACUCAACUAUUUACACAUGUCAAGAGAUAGUAAGGUGGCCAAGCCACAAUCUUUUUAUUUAGGAUCUGUCUCCCAGUUUUGGCUCUUUUGAAUCUGUCAGUCUUGUUGAUAAGUUUAACACAAAUAUUUCACAAAUUUUAUCAAAAUACAUCAUUGAGCAGAAACUGUUGAGCAUAUCUAUUUGUGACAAUUUCAGGUUUUGUUUUUUGUACAUAGUCAUACCAUUGCUCAUCGAUCUGCUAAAUAAACAUUUUAUUGUCAUGAA